AUGUCGCAUUACGGUGGUCCUCCCAACCAGCAGUACGGUGGUGAUCAUUACGGCCAACAGGGUCAGCAGGGCCAGGGCUAUCCUCCUCAGCAAGGAUAUGGCGGUCCUCCACCGCAAGGCUAUUAUCCCCCAGAGCAGCACCAGCAACAAGGCUACGGUCAGCAACAGCAGGGUUAUGGACAGCCCCCUCAGUAUAACCAGCAGGGUUAUCCUCCCCAAUACAACGAACAGCCUCAACACGGUCAAUAUCCCGGUGGUCCCGGAUAUGGUGGUCCCCCACAAGACCGUGGCCACUCGCCUUAUCCCCCACAACAGCAGCAACAGCAAUACCCGCCUCAAGGCGCAAGUGCCUCAUACUACGGCAACGCACCCCCUCAGGAGCAAUAUGGAAAUGCCCCUGGCCCUGGUGGUCCGGAAGGCGAGAAAGGUCUCGGCUCGACUCUCAUGGGUGGCGCCGCGGGUGGCUUCGCCGGCCACAAGCUUGGAGGUGGAUUCCUGGGCAGCGCCGCUGGAGCGGCCAUUGGCGCUGUUGGUAUGAAUAUGGCAACCCAUAAAAUAAAGGAUCACAAGAAGGGAAAGAAGGAAAAGAAGGAAAAGAAGCACAAGCAUCACAAGCGCAAGGGCUCCAGCUCGUCUUCGAGUUCGUCCAGUUCGAGCGAUUAA